AUGUCGGCCCAAUCUCUGGACCCGCUCUCCGGAUCGUCUUUUUCCGUCAUUCGUUUCGAAAGUAUCAUCCAUGAAUUCGAUCCUUGGUUCAAUUUCCGAGCGACAAAAUAUCUCGUUGCCAAUGGCUUCAAUCAGUUCUGGGAUUGGUUCGAUGAUCGGACCUGGCAUCCUCUCGGUCGGGUUACCGGAGGCACUCUCUACCCAGGACUGAUGGUGACCAGCGGCAUCAUCUACCACACCCUCCGUGCCCUCACUGUCCCCGUCGAUAUCCGAAAUAUUUGUGUGCUUCUUGCCCCGGAUUCUCGGGCUUGA